AUGAGACUCACGUGGAGUGCGCUGGCUGGUUUUGUGGCUGUUUUCGGAGUGGUCAGCUUUGUGUGCCUGGUCCUGGCCAUUGGAACUGAUUUUUGGUACAUAAUUGACACCUCAAAGACAGAGCACAACUCCUCUGUGAGCCUGAGUUCCCAUUCUGGAUUAUGGAGGACUUGCAACUUUCAUAACCAGUGCUGGCCGUUUAUGAAUCCCUUUGGAGAUGGGAAAAACCUCACAGACUCGCAGAGACAAAUACUAAACAUGCACGGGGCUUUCAUCGUUCUGCUGCCGCUCAGUGUGAUUGUCCUCUUCAUCAGUGGCAUGCUAGGUUUUAUCAGCAUGCUCGCCAGGGCGUACUUACUUCUGCUGAUGACGGGCGUUUUGCUUCUCUUUGGCGCUUUGAUCUCCCUGGCUGGAAUAUGUGUUUACAUGGCUUAUUCUGCUGCUGCCUUCCGAGAGGCCGUGUGUAUCACUGGGCACAAGACACUGGAGGACAUUAACAUUUCCUUCGGCUGGUCCCUGGUGCUGGCCUCACUCUCGUUCAUCAUGGAACUGUGUACGGCCGUCACGUUCCUGCUUGCCGCCAGCAGACUGGGUCAGCUGAGGGGGCGGGAACAGGAUAUCUGA